AUUCAGUGGUCAUAUGAAAGAAACGUCAAAUUAAACCAGCACAAAACUUGGCUAACACCCCGGGACGCAGUUAGGCGCACCCUGUCUCGCGCUUUCACUUUCUGCUUUUCCUCGGUACUUUCCAGUGUUGUUGGAAUCAUGGCCAGUAAAUUAGAGAUUCGUCUUCACGAGUCUUCACUCAACAUUGUGAAACAAUGUGGAUCUGCUCUGGGUGAUGUCCUUCAAAGUAAAUUUGGAUGUGUGGCCACCUUCCAUGGUGUGGAGUUUGAAAGGGAUCCCAGCAUUGCACAGCAGAGGGGGCCAACUGUUAAGCCAGAGAAAAGGUUUGCUGUUACGCUGCAUGGCGGUGUUCAGCUGUCUGUGUGGAAGGCUGAUCUCAUCGAUUUCCAGGCGGAUGCUGUGGUGAAUGCUGCUAAUAAAGAUCUUCAGCAUUAUGGCGGCCUUGCUCGAGCUCUUUCCAAAGCCGGCGGUCCACAAAUCCAAAAAGAUAGUGAUGAUUACAUCUCAUCGUACGGCCCCUUGAACACAGGAGAUGCGGUUGUCUGCGAUCCUGGGUGCCUCCCAUGCAAGAAGAUAAUUCAUGCUGUGGGCCCAUGCCUAUCAAAAAAUCCCUCUCCAUCUGAAGUUUCGAGGGCUAAACCACAGUUGGAGAUGGCCAUCAAGAGCAUUCUUAGAAAUGCUGAGAAACACCGUCUGCAGUCUGUUGCCAUUCCAGCUAUAAGCUCCGGACUGUUCAACUUCCCCCUGCCAGAAUGUGCGAACACCAUAGUGGAAACUGUGAAACGCUACUAUCUUUACUCUCAACCAGAUCUUCCUAAAGAGAUCUUCCUUGUGAACAACGACACGCCUACGGUCAAUGAAAUGGAGAGAGCCGUCAGUCAGAUAUUCGCCACCGGCAAAAGCAGAGGUGAGGGCAGAACCUCAACACCUGCUGUCCAGAUGGGAAAUGUCCACCUGACACUGAAGUGGGGUAAAAUUGAAGAACAGCAGACAGACGUCAUCGUAAACACUGCAUCAGCACAGCGAGACUUAAACAUUGGUCAAAUCUCCAAAGCUUUAUUGCAGAGAGCUGGUCAUGAAAUGCAACAAGAAAUGCGUAAGGCCUCUUCAGCUGGACUUGUGGUCAUCACAAAACCCUACAAGCUGAAAUGUAAACAGGUGUAUCAUACCUUUUGCCCUGAAAAGUGGAGUAAACCACAGCAUCAGAGAACAGCAGAGGAGACUCUUUCAAGUUCAGUAUCGGAGUGCUUAUGGUUGGCAGUCAGAAAUAAUCACAAGUCAAUCUCCUUUCCUGCCAUCGGCACUGGAGCCCUCGGGUUUGAUAAAAAAGAAGUUGCCUCGAUCAUGACAAACGCAGUGGCCGACUUCGCCAACAAGACCCGAGAGAAGAUGGACGUUUGUUUCGUCAUAUUUCAUGCUGACGAUGCGACGUAUAAGGCUUUUGAGGAACAAAUGGUACAACGCCGGGAAAAAGGUCCUGAUCCCGACUUCAAAAAUGCAUCUGAGUACAGAGAUGACUUCCACGGCAGCAGAGCUCCCACUCCACAGAUCAGCCUGGACGGCCCCUCUGAUGAAUCAACACACGAGGCCAAACGAUGGCUCAAUGACCUUUUCCUCAAGUCCGAUGGCACUGUCAAUAUCUGCAACAACUUCAUCCAGCUCUUCGGCGAGCAAGAACAUCGACAGCUAUCCCGUCUAAUGAAAAAGGAAGUUUCCAUUAAGGAGGUCUUUGAGAAAGGUCGUGCAGGCAUAACUGUAAACGGGCGUUCAUUUGUUGAUGUCGUAGUUGCUGGGUUGCAGGUGGAGGCCAUGCUCUGCAACAUCCAGAGGGAGUUUGUCAUGGAGGAAGAGAGUUACCUACUUAAUGCUCUGUGCAAAAAGAAUAUGUCCUUUCAAAGAAAGACAGUUGACACAAGGAGCGGAGAGUUCAUGGAAAGAUCAUUUGCCUUCAACAAGACCGGGCUGCAGAUACUAAGGGUGGAGAAAGUGGAGAACCCUAUACUGGACUUGAUCUUUACCCUGAAGGGAAACCAGCUAGGCUGCUCAACUCCUCGAAGAAUGUUCCAAAGCAUAUCCGCGCAGUUCUGUGAGAUGGUUUCCCACAUUGGAUUCCAUGCACAGUACGCACCACCUGACGAGACAGCUUUUGGAGAGGGCAUCUACUUUGCAGGCACAGUGAAGAAGGCCAAGGAGGUGUGGAGGGAGCAGAAGGAGGAGUAUCUGUACUUCGUGGAGGCCGAGGUGCUGACGGGAAACUCCACCCCUGGAAGACCAGGUCUCAUCCUGCCACCUGCUGAUGGGGCGGACAGUGUGAGCGGAGGGCCUGAUGUCUCUGUCAUAUUUAGUGGUUAUCAAGCUCUGCCCACGUUCAUCAUCACCUGUAAGAAGGUCUGAUGGGGGAUUUCUUCACCGCUUCCUCUGGGUUUGUUGUGUUUUGUUUGAAACAAAUGUUAAAAGAUAAAAAUGCUUUCAGUCCUAGAGUAAACUGGACAAUGUUAGUUUCUUCUAAAACCAGCUGCAGUGCAUUCUUGAUUAUUGUAUUUCCUAUUAGAAAGAAAUGGCUGUUGGCAUUACUCCUUAAUAAUCACAUUUAAUGGAGAUCUAUAUCAAUAUAUAUCUUAUAUUCAGCUCGAGGAAGAUGUCAAUAGUUUUUAGUUUCUUAUUUGUUUCAUUAUAAGUUUGUUUCUUUUUGGGUAAUUAAGAUAUAUUUAGCAGCACAAUAAUUCUUAUUCUUAUUAUUAUAAUUAUCAAUGAAAGAUUCUACUUUAUUAUUGCACUUCCAGCAACAAUAUAUUGUUCUUGUGGAUGGGUCAGUUGUUUAGUGGCACCACAUAUGCAAACACCAUGAACUGGUGCAAGCAUGUUGUACAUCCACAACCCUGAUUUUAUUUUGUUUAGAGGAACACAAAUAUAACCAUUUUUAUAACGGGUGAAAAGCUUUGGCUACAAAUACAUCAUUUUAAUCUAAAUGCAAAAAAUGUCAUAAAACAAUGAUAACAUGUAAAUUGACAAAAGUGAGGUGGAGCACACGGGGGGGGGGGGGGGGAGAGAGAGUGUGUCUGAUGCUGAUUCCAAAAUUAAACAUUUACAAAAACAAGUUUGUUUUUAUGUUUAAAUAGUGAGACAUGUUUCUUUUGACACCUGAUUGUAAGUCACAACACCACUUGAGAGAAUAUGGAGACGCGUGACUAAGUACUCGUGCAGCCUUGUUUACUCGUAAAUUAUACGCGAAGACCCUUUUCAUGAGACUCAACAGAACCUGAUCCAGCUACAUAGAUUUAAUGAAAUGAAAUACAAUUAUCAUUUUACAAACAUGUACACGUGUAACAAUAAACAAAAUGAAAUGCAUGUAUUGACAUAAAGCUUUAAUACAGGAAAUAUGAAAUACAUAAAGGGAAGUCCCUCAUAUUCCUGAUGAUACAAGAACACAACCAUUAAAAACAGUCUAUUGAGCAUUAAAGUUCA